UGACCGGAGGAGGCGGGCUUUUGGAACCGGCGCCUUCUCCUUGCUUCUUGGGGUCGUGGCCUUGCUCCUGCAGGGCAAGGGAAGCGUUCCAGGGUCCUGACGCGCAGGUGUGCGCGUGGGUCCUGACGUGCUCGCGGGUCCACGCGCGGACUCUGCGGGGACAGAAGCAGGAGCCAUGGGCGGGACGGCCAGCACCCGCCGGGUCACCUUCGAGACUGACGAGAACGAGAACAUCACCGUGGUGAAGGGCAUCCGGCUUUCAGAAAAUGUCAUCGACCGGAUGAAGGAGUCCUCUCCGUCUGGCCCUAAGUCUCAGCGGUAUUCCAGUAUUUAUGGUGCUUCAGUUUCUGAUGAAGAAUUGAAAAAAAGAGUAGCCGAGGAGCUGGCAUUGGAGCAAGCUAAGAAGGAAUCAGAAAACCAGAGACGCCUUAAGCAAGCCAGGGACCUAGAACGAGAGAGGGCUGCAGCCAAUGAGCAGCUGACCAGAGCCAUCCUUCGGGAAAGGAUAUCCAGCGAGGAGGAACGCUCGAAGGCAAAACAUCUGGAUAUUGAAGAUAAAGCUCGGCAGCUGGAAGAGAAAGACCGAGUGAUACGGAAGCAGGAUGCAUUUUACAAAGAGCAGCUGGCCAGACUGGAGGAGAGGAGCUCAGAGUUCUACAAAGUCACCACCGAGGAGUAUCAGAAAGCUGCUGAAGAGGUGGAAGCCAAGUUCAAGCGGUAUGAAUAUCAUCCAGUCUGUGCAGAUCUGCAGACCAAAAUCCUCCAGUGUUACCGCCAGAACACCCAGCAGACCCUCAGCUGCUCCGCUCUGGCCAGCCAGUACAUGCACUGUGUCAACCAUGCCAAACAGAGCAUGCUGGAGAAGGGAGGAUAAAGUUACCCCCGAGAACAUGCAACGCUCCUUCAACGUUAAUUCCAGAGGUGGAACAUUUUUUCUUUUCCUAGUAAGAAAAUGACCCAAUUAAAGAGAAGACCACUAAAGACAGACAGGCAUUGGAAAAUGGACUCGACAGAAUCAUAACGUGUUUUGAUCAACAGUUUAAAAGGCCAACGUCUAGAUCAAGGAUCAGUCAUCAAAGAACACUGUUAAGUGUUAAUGAAACUCACAAAUGAAUAAAAGAGAAAGGCAGUCCACUGCACCUUUUUUUACUCUUUCCAACUCUUACUGACAUAGAAUGUUCUUUUCACUCCAGGCUCCACCAUUUAGUGACCUCUACUCUGAGAAAGCUGGGAGGGGGGACGUUAAACUAUUUCACAUGGAGACACAGCAAGUACCCACUGGGCUGGAGCAGCAGUGUGGACUGGCCUGGGCUGUGGGGCCUAGGGUGUUCUUCUCCCAUUAUGUAAGAGCUACUUCAUUGUAACAUUGUGAUCAUGCGAGAAAGACAAAAAGGAGAGAAAAUGUACCUCUUUUACUGGAAUAAUGUUUAUGAUUGCAAGUGAAAUAAGGCAUUUUUAUCAAUAUAAAGCAAACCUUGGCUUAUGCAACUUCUGUAGUGAAAACUGACAACUUCACUCACUAUCAAUAAUAAAUCUAUUUUCUGACAAAGACUGGCA